AUUUGAUAUAUAUAUACACAACAACAACAACAACCCAAAAAAAAACAAAUGGGCCGUCCUCAUGUGAAAUCUAAUAGGUCUCAUUACUAACGCAAUUGGGCCUAUAAUGUUUAAAUUUGCAAACAAAUUUAAUCUUCUUCUCAAUUACAAAAUCUGAGCAACUAGAAACUUAUUAGCUUCCACAUAUGACAUCUCCAAGCACAAGCAAGAAUCAUCGAUGCUUAAACCUAAUCUCAAAAUGCAAAUCCUUACAAAACCUCAAACAAAUCCAUGCCCAAAUCAUCACAAUCGGUCUCUCUCACCACACAUAUCCUCUAAGUAAGCUCCUUCACUUAUCCUCCACCGUCUGCUUAUCCUACGCACUCUCUAUCUUACGCCAAAUCCCUAAUCCUUCCGUCUUCCUCUACAACACUCUCAUCUCUUCCAUCGUCUCCAAUCACAAUUCCACUCAAACCCAUCUCGCGUUUUCUCUCUACGAUCAGAUUUUGAGCUCAAGAUCCAAUUUUGUCAGACCCAAUGAAUUUACGUAUCCUUCUCUCUUCAAAGCCUCAGGCUUUGACGCUCAAUGGCAUCGCCAUGGGAGGGCUCUUCAUGCCCACGUCUUGAAAUUUCUCGAACCGGUGAAUCAUGAUCGGUUUGUGCAAGCUGCUUUAGUUGGGUUUUACGCUAAUUGUGGUAAAUUGAGAGAAGCUAGGUCUUUGUUUGAGAGAAUUAGGGAACCUGAUUUGGCUACUUGGAACACUCUUCUUGCUGCUUACGCUAAUUCCGAAGAAAUUGAUAGCGAUGAAGAGGUUUUGUUGUUGUUUAUGAGAAUGCAAGUAAGACCUAACGAGCUUUCUCUUGUAGCUUUGAUUAAAUCUUGUGCGAAUUUAGGUGAAUUUGUGAGAGGUGUUUGGGCUCAUGUGUAUGUCUUGAAGAAUAAUCUGACCCUGAACCAGUUUGUGGGAACUUCUCUGAUCGAUCUUUACUCGAAAUGCGGAUGUUUGAGUUUCGCACGCAAAGUGUUCGAUGAAAUGUCUCAGAGAGACGUAUCGUGUUACAAUGCAAUGAUUCGUGGUUUAGCAGUUCACGGGUUUGGUCAAGAAGGUAUUGAAUUGUACAAGAGCUUGAUCUCUCAAGGAUUAGUCCCGGACAGUGCAACUUUCGUGGUGACGAUAUCAGCAUGUUCGCACUCGGGUCUAGUCGACGAAGGUCUCCAAAUAUUUAACUCAAUGAAAGCGGUUUACGGGAUCGAGCCUAAAGUUGAGCAUUACGGAUGUUUAGUUGAUCUACUAGGCCGAUCCGGGAGGUUAGAAGAAGCGGAAGAAUGCAUCAAGAAGAUGCCGGUGAAGCCGAAUGCGACACUAUGGAGAUCGUUUCUAGGGUCAUCUCAAACACAUGGUGACUUUGAGAGGGGUGAGAUUGCGCUAAAGCAUUUGUUGGGGUUAGAAUUCGAAAACAGCGGAAAUUAUGUGCUCUUGUCGAAUAUUUAUGCCGGAGUUAACCGUUGGACUGACGUAGAGAAGACCCGGGAACUUAUGAAAGACCACCGUGUCAAUAAAUCUCCGGGGAUUAGUACUCUUAAUUAAUUUACAAAUGUAAUUGAAAUUUAAUCUCCAAAAGUAGGACCAAAGAAGCUACAACAACUUGUUUUGUUUUUCUAAUAAAAAAAUUGUAAACUAAUCAACUAUACCACAAAAUCAUGUGUGAUUUUAUUUGCAUAGAAGACAAGUCAUAUGAAAUUCAAAUAUAAUCUUCC